AUGCCUUUAACGACACCAGUUCUGACGGUGGACGCGGACAAUAUCCAUAAGGUGGAUACCGCGAACGCUCAAAGUCUUCAUGGGAUGUGGAUGGUCUUUUCAAAAUGUGCCGACUACAUGGACCAGGGCCGUCGACUUGAAAAUCUCAGUUGGCGGUUGUGGACGCGCGAAACCUUCUGUGUCGAACCGGAAAAGUCUAACAGCACUUCUGCCCUCCCAUUGCUACGAUCCGAAGCUGCGGAUUUGCCCGAACUCUCCGCCAGUGUCGAGUCGGCCGCGUCUGAUCAGGCCGAGCGAAUCGAAGCUCACAUCAAGCGUCCCAAGUUCAACGACUACCGACCGGCUGUCGUUCGAGAGGACUCACUAGCAAGCCUAGGCCGUGGAAAGGAGAAGCACAUCACAUCGUUGGAUUUGGAGCGGAUGGUCCUCAACAUCAAGGAAAAGAAGCAACUGCAGCCUAUGCCUUCUCACGUCGAGCCUGCUGCCCCCGUUGUCGACAUCACUCCUCGCCCAUCCACCCCUACUCCUCCUUCCGUCUCUACCGCUCGUCAAGUUCCGAAGUUUUCCGUCCGACCGACCCCAUACCCCCAUGAGUCGACUGAGUCUUGCUCGACGACUGCCCCCGAGGGCAACGAUAGCGACACUGCACAGGUCAACGCGUCCGAUACCAGUGUCUCAUCUUCUGGCAUUCUUUCUAGCCGGCCGCAAUUGGUCAAAUCUACUAGCAUUGUUCGUGGAUUCUCACCAUCACACAUCUCAUCUUCAUUUAGAUCGCAACCAAGAUUGUCUAUCGACCCUAGUCCUUCCCGUGCCGCUACACAAUUGAAGCCGUCGGCAUUGAGGAAGAAGGGAGGCAUGUUUACACUGGGCGGCUCCUCUGGGGAUGACGAUGAAAGCUCAUUUGAGGAGCGCAUGGUUCCUGCUCAGGAGAACGCGAACGGUGGAGGGUUGAACCCGAAAACCAGCAACCCAGAAUCUACGAAAAAGACUGCCUCUUUCAGCAAUCAGGUCUCGUCCCACAUCAUUCCUAACUUGAAGGACAUCAGUCGAUCCGACGAAGACGCCAUUGAGACCGAUGAUGAAGUCUCAGAGAGUGCGAUUGAAGAUGAUGAAGAUUCUGAUUGGGAAGAUUCAAUCACUGAAGGUGGCGGGUCUAGCGUUGACGAUCAAGGAGGGAUGUUCCAACGGGUUGAUUCCCGGCCCAACCUGGUCUCGCGCCGCUCGAUGCUUACUAUGAUGAUGCAUCAACCGGCCCGCAUGCAAGGAAACGCGUUCCGGUCCAGCCCCGCACUUCAACGCUCGCGGUUGACCUCACCCAGUGGUCCAUCUAUUCCUCAGUCACCUCCUGACAGGGAAGAGGAAAGCUUAGUCAUGCGUGGUCCUGAUGUUCCCCGAUCGAAGCCUAUUGUCAUGAACACCAACGCCUCGCAGUCUAUGGCACACUCUCCGCGAACCACCCGUCGUAACAUGCUUGCUACUGAAUUGACAGAGUCUCUCCGCCGACAUCUUCUCUGGGAACGCCAGCAGAAGAGCGCGACUGCGAACGCUUUCCUCAAGCGUCGCCACACCGCCCACGACAUGAAGAACCUCCAGGAUUACCCUGGUCCCAAGGGUCCACACAAGGGAGUUGGUCCGAACCAGGCUAGUGCUGAUGCAGACCCUAAUUCUGCCAACUUUGACCUGGGCAAGAAUGGCUCCUGGACCAACUACACCACUGACUACGGCCCCUGGGAGUACCACGUGAAGGGAUGGUAG